AUGGGAUAUGGGGCUGCCGGGGGACCAAGUGCCAUGAUACACAUCGCUUCGGUUGCAGCGCAGAACUUCAACGAGCUGCGUACUAGUAAUGUCCCAGUUCAGGAAUCGAAACCGUUCGAGAUUCAAACACGAAGGAAUUAUAAUGUCCGCGAUGCGCCGGCCGACUACCUGGAGUUCCGCAGAACCAUGGGGACGAUCAAAUUCCCGCUGAUGGAAACCUCUUCAAUGGUGUACCUAAGCUUGGUGACCGAGUUCUCGUCGACGAAUAGCAACCUUGGAACACAGCACGGUGUAUCUCUGAUCCUCUCUUACCUCAUCCACUUCGGCAACGAUACAUCAUCAUUCAUCGGCUCGUGCGUCUUCCAUGCGCGUUCUCCUCCUCCCCCACGUGUCUCGAAACAUUGGUCGUCCAUUCGCUCCAAUCGGGAAGAAAUCCUCAAGCUUCUCUGCUUCUCUUUCCCCAUCGAGGCCCAGGCUUGUGCCUCGCUAUCAAGCGAGGCCUUUGCCACUAUGCCGGGCUCUUGGAAGCUUGGAAGCGAGUCGAGAAGACGGGUUGGAAAACGUCAACCCCUGCAGGCACGUUCCCAAGAGGAUCCCACUGGGUCCCGCCAAUCCAUCACGCCAAAGGAAUACGACGGAGAGAACAUGGAUUAUUACCUGGUACUAAUUAUUAUGGACACGGGUUAUGCUGUUUGCGUCCCCUCUCCUACUCCCCCCUCUCUACCCCUCGCCCUCGCCCUCGCCCUCGCCCUCUUGCCGAUCUUGCCCUUUCCUCCCUCGGCUCUCUCAUCUUCUGGACCUCCUUCCCCUGAAACCAUGCACGUCAAGGCCGCCGUCAUCUCCGGCCUCGCCGCCGCCGCCCAGGUGAGCGCGAGGGCUCCCUGCAAGAGCAGGUUCAACUACACCUCCAUCGAGCACAUCGACGUCGGCGUGCGUCCCUACUGGCUCAUCGACGAGAUGAGGGACGGCCCACUCAAGGAGCAGCUCCGGGAAUGCGCCAGCAUCAAAGAGUUCAAGGCCAGCCCCUGGAAUAUCGGCCAUCGCGGCGGUGGCACGCUCUUCAUCCCCGAGCACUCGCUCGAGUCCAACCUGGCCGGUGCGCGCAUGGGCUCCGGCGUUCUCGAGUGCGACGUCGCCUUCACCAAGGACCGUGAGCUCGUCUGCCGCCACUCCCAGUGCGACCUCCACUAUACCACCGACAUCGUCACCCGCCCCGAGCUCAACGCCAAGUGCACCGUCCCGUUCCAGCCCGCCGCCGACGGGGAGCCCGCCCAGGCCCAGUGCUGCACCUCCGACAUCACCGUCCACGAGUUCGAGACGCUCUGCGCCCGCAUGGAGGGCGCCAACGACCAGGCCACCACGCCGGAGGAGUACCUCCUCGGCGCCCCCCUCUGGCGGACCGAGCUCUACGGCAAAUGCGGCAAGGUCCUGACCCACAAGGAGCACAUCCGACUGACCGACGAGCUGGGCCUGCUGUUCGCCCCGGAGCUCAAGACCCCCGAGGUCGAGAUGCCCUUCGAGGGCGACUACACCCAGGAGGACUACGCCCAGCAGAUGGCCGACGACUACCGGGCGCUCGGCAUCGACCCGUCGCGCGUCUUCCUCCAGUCCUUCCUCUACGACGACGUCCUCUACUGGGUCCAGAACGACCCGGAAUUCGGCCGGCAGGCCGUCUUCCUCGACUCGCACGGCGAGACCCCGGAGACCAUGCCCGGCGCCAUCGCCAACCUGACCAACUACGCCGCCGACGGUGUCAACAUCGUGGCCCCGCCCCUCUUCUACCUCGUCACCGUCGGCGAGGACGGCACCAUCGCCCCCAGCGAAUACGCCGUCAAGGCCAAGGAGCUCGGCUUGGACAUCAUCGCUUGGUCCCUGGAGCGUAGCGGCAUUCUCAGCGACCAGGGCCGCGGCGGCUACUAUUACGGUUCCAUCUCCGACCUCAUCACCACUGACGGUGACGUCUUCGAGCUGCUCCAUGUCCUUGCCCGGGAGGUCGGCAUCAUUGGCAUCUUCACUGAUUGGAGUGCCACCGUUACUUACUACGCCAACUGCUUCGGCUUGAUCUAA